GUCGGAGGGGUGGGUGUGACGUCAUCAGCCCGCGCUCGCUCUCUUUUUCUGUAUCUCCGCCGCCCGCGAGUCUCCUCCGUCCCGCGAGCUAGUGGCUGUAAAGAUGGACUGGCGCCCCGAUGAAGAAGGGUUACAGCAGGUUCUGCAGCUUCUGAAGGAUUCCCAGUCACCAGAUACGGCCACCCAGAGAGUCGUCCAAGAUAAACUGAAGCAGCUGAACCAAUAUCCGGAUUUUAACAAUUACUUGAUCUUUGUGCUGACGCGGCUUAAAUCUGAAGAUGAACCCACGAGAUCUUUGAGUGGUUUGAUCCUCAAAAACAAUGUGAAAGCCCAUUACCAGACCUUCCCUCAGCCGGUGUCUGAGUUCAUCAAGCAGGAAUGUCUGAACAGCAUCGGGGACGCUUCGUCGCUCAUCAGAGCCACCAUCGGUAUUCUCAUCACCACGAUCGCAUCCAAAGGGGAGUUGCAGAUGUGGCCAGAACUUCUACCUCAGCUCUGCAAUCUUCUGAAUUCAGAGGAUUACAACACAUGUGAGGGUGCUUUUGGCGCUCUUCAGAAGAUCUGUGAGGAUUCCUCUGAGCUCCUGGACAGCGAUGCUCUAAACCGGCCGCUCAACAUCAUGAUCCCCAAGUUCCUCCAGUUCUUCAAGCACUGCAGCCCCAAAAUCAGGUCUCAUGCUAUCGCCUGUGUCAACCAGUUUAUCACUGACCGAGCACAAGCCCUCAUGGACAACAUUGACACCUUCAUUGAGCAACUUUUUGCACUAGCCGUGGACGAGGACCCUGAGGUUCGGAAAAACGUGUGCCGGGCACUUGUUAUGUUGUUGGAGGUGCGGAUAGACCGGCUGCUUCCUCACAUGCACAGCAUCAUCCAGUAUAUGCUGCAGAGGACGCAGGACAGCGAUGAGAAUGUGAGUCUGGAAGCCUGUGAAUUCUGGCUGACACUGGCUGACCAGCCCAUUUGUAAGGACGCCUUGUCAAAUCACCUCCUGCAGCUGAUUCCUAUCCUGGUUAAUGGAAUGAAAUACAAUGAGAUUGAUAUCAUUCUUCUGAAGGGAGAUGUUGAGGAAGAUGAAACCGUCCCAGACAGUGAGCAGGACAUCAAGCCUCGCUUCCACAAGUCGCGCACUGUGACACUACAACACGAGGAAGAGCGGGCAGAAGGAGAGGACGACGCAGAUGAGGAAGAUGAUGACGAUGAUACGUUAUCUGACUGGAAUCUCAGGAAAUGUUCAGCCGCAGCUCUGGAUGUCCUGGCCAAUGUAUUUCGGGAGGAAUUGCUUCCUCACCUUUUACCCCUUCUGAAGGAUCUCCUCUUCCAUCCGGAAUGGGUCAUAAAGGAGUCGGGCAUACUUGUUCUCGGCGCCAUCGCUGAAGGCUGUAUGCAGGGAAUGGUUCCCUACUUACCGGAGCUCAUCCCUCACCUCAUCCAGUGCCUGUCGGAUAAGAAAGCUUUGGUGCGCUCAAUAGCUUGCUGGACUCUGAGUCGCUAUGCCCACUGGGUAGUCAGCCAGCCUCCUGACCUCUACCUGAAGCCCCUCAUGACAGAGCUGCUUAAGCGCAUCCUGGACAGCAACAAACGGGUGCAGGAAGCUGCAUGCAGCGCAUUUGCCACUCUUGAGGAAGAGGCGUGCACAGAGCUUGUUCCGUAUUUAAGCUUUAUCUUGGACACACUGGUGUUUGCUUUUGGAAAGUAUCAACAUAAGAACCUCUUGAUCUUAUAUGAUGCCAUUGGGACCCUGGCAGAUUCAGUUGGACACCAUUUAAAUCAGCCGGAGUACAUCCAAAAGCUGAUGCCCCCUCUUAUCCAGAAAUGGAAUGAGCUGAAAGAUGAAGAUAAGGAUCUGUUCCCACUGCUAGAGUGCUUGUCCUCCAUUGCUACAGCGCUGCAAAGUGGGUUCCUACCUUACUGUGAGCCAGUGUAUCAGAGGUGUGUGACUCUGGUGCAGAAGACGCUGGCCCAAGCCAUGAUGUACAGUCAGCACCCGGACCAGUAUGAAGCUCCUGAUAAAGAUUUCAUGAUAGUAGCCUUGGACCUCCUAAGCGGGCUGGCAGAGGGGCUGGGUGGCAAUGUCGAACAGCUGGUGGCAAGGAGCAACAUCAUGACUCUUCUGUUCCAGUGCAUGCAGGACAUAAUGCCAGAAGUUCGACAAAGUUCCUUCGCUCUCCUGGGUGACCUGACUAAGGCUUGUUUCCUUCAUGUAAAACCGUGCAUAUCGGAGUUCAUGCCUAUUCUUGGUACCAACCUAAACCCAGAGUUUAUCUCCGUCUGUAACAAUGCCACCUGGGCCAUCGGGGAGAUCUGCAUGCAGAUGGGAGCGGAGAUGCAGCCAUAUGUCCCUAUGGUUUUGAAUAACCUUGUAGAAAUUAUUAACCGACCCAACACACCCAAAACUCUUCUUGAAAACACAGCGAUUACCAUCGGACGUCUUGGCUGUGUGUGUCCCCAAGAAGUAGCUCCCAUGCUGCAGCAGUUUAUCCGGCCUUGGUGUACCUCACUUCGGAACAUUCGUGACAAUGAGGAGAAAGACUCUGCUUUCAGAGGGAUCUGUAUAAUGAUCGGUGUCAAUCCGGGUGGAGUUGUACAGGACUUUAUCUUUUUCUGUGAUGCCGUAGCCUCCUGGGUCAGCCCGAAAGAUGAUCUGAGAGACAUGUUCUAUAAGAUUUUGCACGGUUUUAAGGAGCAGGUGGGAGAGGACAAUUGGAACCAAUUUUCUGAGCAGUUUCCACCUCUGCUGAAGGAACGUCUAGCUGCAUUCUAUGGCGUGUAAUGUGAACAGGGGGAGAUCUACACACACCCAGCGUGGGAGGUUCCUGUUUGAUCUAUGAGGUGAUUGGGGAGAAUGGUGUCCUACGCCCCACACAUCAAGUCUUUAGCAGGGUUUCAGGGAUCAGUAUCCAGGGCCAAUAACAUCCUUCCACUCCAGACUCCAUCCACCUGACUCCCAAGAAACCUCAAAGGAGCACAGGAGGACGUGAACACCAUCAUCAACACCCUCCCGCCCCCCCCUCACCCCCAGGGAUCUUUUUAGUUUAUAUGUGGAGCAUGAGGGGAGUCGAGUCUUAGGAUUUACAUUGUUACCCUUGUAGGGUGGGGGUAGGGGGAUGUACUGGGGGGGCAGAGCUGGUCCCACGUCAGGAUCUGUUAUUGGGCGGGUAAGAGGAGGGGUUGGAGGGUUAGACUAAAUAGAGUGGGAGGGAGGAAGGGGCAUCUACAGGUAGAGACAUUUGAUUGUUCCCCUGCAAUUCAGUGCAGGUUAGAGUCAAACAUUUAAAAGCAAAAACUAAAAAAAAAAAAAAAA